GUCACUUAGUCAUUACACUUAAAAUUUUUGUUGACAAUAUUAUUCAAUUACAAAGCACAUUCAGUAAAAUUGUCUUCAUGCCACUAGCAUUUCUUUGCCUUGAAAGGGAUGGAAUGCCAAAGGAAAUUCUGAAUCACAGAUUCUGAAAAGUGUCCUUCCUGCACCUUAAUCCUUCAUUGCUGCUCGUGAUAGUUGGAAAACAUCUUCUGAAACCUCAAGAUCGUUGUGAGUUUUUGCUGUCUGUACUAUUCACGUUUCAUUUCUAAGGUUCUGAAAUCAAGAAGUCCAAGUUUUGCGAGAAGGCUCUGGACGUAUGUCAGGAAUAAAGCUUGUGAGCUCUGUAAUCUGAUACAAUGUCAGGAACGACUAUCUCGGACCCACCCACAUGGCCACUUCCUCCAGAGUGUGACUGCAGCAAUGAUGGCAUAUUUCCGGAUUCGUCUUUUUCCCGCUGUUGUUCGAAACAAAGAUUGUGGUGGAUGUUGCACUCACAAAAGCUUUGUGAUAUCUCUUUUGUUGUUGGCCCUGACUCUCAGACAGAAACAUUACAUGCACAUCAAAACGUACUCUCUGCUGGGAGUAGCGUUUUUGAGUCUAUGUUCAGUGGGAACUGGGCAGCUGAAUCCAGCAUAAGAGUGCCAGAUGUUGAACCUUUUGCAUUUUCCAUUUUACUCAGGUUCAUUUACACUGAUGAUGCUCCGCUGACGGUUGAAAUAGCAGGCCAAGUUUUGUAUGCAGCCAAGAAAUAUGCAGUCUUUGUCCUUGAAAUGCAGUGCUCCGAGUUCCUUCAGAAGAACUUGUGCCCUAAUAAUGCUUUCACCAUAUUGGUGCAGGUAAAAUUAUUACAUGAGGAGGGUUUAACAGAGUCUUGUCUAAAAAUGAUAGAUGAUAGUGCAGAGGCUGCUAUGUCGUGUGAAGACUUUCUAGAAAUUGAUUUUCCUACUCUAUGCGAAGUCUUGAAGCGAGAUACAUUGAAAAUGGAGGAAGCAGCUUUAUUUGAUGCCGUCCUUAGAUGGGCCACAGCUGAAUGCAGCAGAAAAGGCCUGGAGAUCUCAAGAAAAAACCAAAGAACACUAUUAAAAGGAGCAUUAUCGUUGAUACGUUUUCCACUCAUGACUCAAAAAGAAUUUACAACCUCAGUUGCUAAAUCUGGAAUUUUUAAUAAUCAGGAGCUUGUGGACAUGUAUUAUUAUUUCUCUGGUUGUUCAAAAGCUCCUUUCGAGUACAACACUACUCCUCGUUCUUUAAAAGAGCCAUUGAUAGCAAUGAUAGCAAGCAGAUUUGCAUCAAUUGUUGCCCGCAAAGAGUAUGUAAUGAAUAUAAAGGAAUAUCAAGGCUUACAAUUUUCCUUCAGUAAAAAUGUAAAUUUGCUCGGUUUUGGCCUUUACACUCAUGACAGAGUUGAAAACUUCAAUUUAAAUCUGUUUCUGUAUGAAAAUGGAAAACUAAUUUAUAAAGAAGAGUCUGUGCAGUUUGUGACAACGGGGCAUGAAAUACAUCGAUGUUAUCUGAAAACUGCUAUCCCUUCCUUGGCUGACAAGCGUUACUGUAUCUACAUCCAAAGCAAUGACACUAGAUAUACCUUCCAGGGCUGUGAUGGAGAAACUAAAAUCACUGUAACUGAUCCUUCCAGUCAGAGGAGUGUAGCCAUUAAUUUUCUAUCAAUGCCUCAGACUACUGAUAAGCGCGUGAAGGACUGUUCUGACAGAGGACAAUUACCAGAAAUAAUUUUUCAGUGGUGAUUGAUUAUACUGAGCUUUCAAAUGUUGCUUUUACCUGAAACAUUUCUGAAGAGCAGUGGUCAGUGCCUGGACUCAUGAAUACGUCAGUGAAUUCAUAUUUUUUCUUUCACAUAUCUCCAUGGAUCCAGCAAUAUAAGGAAGAUGGGGUUUUGUUGAAAAAUCACUUUCAAUGAGAGUUACCAACUAACCAGAUUAUGUAGCCAAUGAAUUAAUGAAUAACCGCGCUAAUAUUUGUUCUAAUUG